CUCCGGUGACUUUGUACCUAACUCGAUCUUUAUCAGAGCGGUAAUGGCGUCUUUGAACCCUUUCGAUCUUUUAGGAGAUGACGCUGAGGAUCCGAGCCAGCUCGCUGUGGCUUUAUCUCAGAAAGUCGAGAAAGCUGCUCCUGCUGUUCAGCCUGCUAAGGCUGGUAAGUUCCCAACCAAGCCGGCUCCUCCUACUCAAGCAGUGAGGGAGUCGAGGAAUGCUCCUUCAGGAGGAGGUCGUGGUGGUGGUGGUGGACGUGGUGGAUUUUCCCGUGGCAGGGGUAAUGGUGGAAACCGGGAGUACCGGAACAAUGAUGCUCCUGGAAAUGAGAAUGGAUUUUCUGGAGGAUACAGACCUUCUGAAGAUGCUGAUGGAGCAAGGCGUGGUGGGUCUGUUGGUGGAUACCGUGAUGGCGGUAGUCGUGGUGGACCUCGCCGUGGUGGAUUUGCCAAUGGGGAAUCAGGUGAUGUUGAACGCCCACGGAGGAAUUAUGAGCGCCAUAGCGGGACUGGUCGUGGUAAUGGCCUAAAACGUGAUGGUGGUGGUCGUGGAAACUGGGGCACUACUGAAGACGAUAUCGCUCCAGUGACUGAGGAACCCACCACGGAGGUUGAGAAGAGCCCUGUUGCUGAGAAGCAAGGAGGUGAGGAUGAAACCGCUGAAGCAAACAAAGAGCUCACUGCCGAAGAGAAAGCACAGAAAGAAGCUGAAGAAGCUGAAGCCAGGGAGAUGACUCUAGAAGAGUAUGAGAAGAUUCUGGAGGAGAAGAAGAAGGCUCUGCAAGCCACAAAGGUCGAGGAGAGGAAAGUUGACACCAAAGUGUUUGAGUCCAUGCAACAGCUCUCUAACAAGAAGAACACCGAUGAAGAAAUCUUCAUCAAGCUGGGAUCUGAGAAGGACAAACGCAAAGAUGCUGCUGAGAAGACCAAAAAGUCGUUGAGCAUUAAUGAGUUCUUGAAGCCAGCUGAUGGAGAGAGGUACAACGGGAGAGGUGGACACCGUGGAAGAGGAGGUCAGGCUGGUCGUGAAGGAGGUCGCGGUGAAGGAGGUCGUGGUGGUCGUGAUCAGAAAGGUCGCGGUGGUCGUGAACAGAGAGGUGACGGAGGAAACCAAAGGAAUGUAAAACCUGCUGCUCCAGCUCCGGCGAUUGGUGACACAGCUCAGUUCCCGUCGUUGGGCAAGUAAAGACCCCUCCUGGUCCUUCAGCCUCUGUAUCGCUGCCUCUCGUUUCUCUUUGGUUGAAUUUUGUUAGCUUUAUUAUUUUUUGUUACACUUUCUGAAGUUCUUUUCUGCGAAACCAUUACGUGGGCUUUUUAAGUUAUGAAAAAAAUUAUUAUGAUAUU